AUGGAGCUUGCACCGCUUAGACCAUGGGAUGACUUCUUCCCAGGAGCCGAUAGAUUUGCAAAACCCGACUUCGGAGAUUUAGCUAAAUGGAACAACAGGGUGAUCAGCAACUUGUUGUACUAUCAGACCAAUUAUUUCGCAGUGGCCAUAGUGGUUUUCCUGAUCGUGGGGUAAGUCAGCAUGACAGCGCGAGUUUACUGGCAGUUUCCACCCAGCUGCUAUAGCUAGCUAAGUUAGAUAGCUAGUUUCUUUGAUUAGCCUGCAGUCUGAUCCACACCCAGUCAUGGGCAUUUAUUCAUAGCAAUGCGCAGUCCCUAUCAACCUUUCAUAUUACUGCAACGGCAAAAUAAGAGAUCCAGUCAUGUCAUGGAAUUGGAAUGGAGUCUGGUAUUAGCUACUGUAGUUGGCCUGCUAAAAACAAAUGUCACUUUUCCUGAAUCAGCUGCCUGCAACUGUGUGUGACAUGCUUUGAAUCAUGGGGGCCAUGAUGAACAUAGUAAUUACUAGGUAGUGUAGGCCUUAGGCUAAUAGUAACCAAUUUCUUUAUAUUCUAGUUUUUAUUUGAGAACUUGAGUACCUUUUGGCUUUUGAAAUAAACAUAAAUGGUACUCAAAAUAUAAAAAAGUACUCAAGUACGAAACUGAACUCUGUCAAAUUUGAUGUCAGAUUUUUGUUCUAUUAAUAGUCUCUUGAGUCUGCUUGACAAUGACAACACAUGGAUGCUUCAAGUUGUCCCAGCUGUUGGGUCCUUAUCUCAGCCACACACUGAUGCAUGUAGAAGUAUGCAGAUAAUACAAUUGAUAAGAAAGCCGAGGAGCAGCUUUGUAUGCGUCAUAAUUACUAAAAUGCAGCUACAGUAGCUUGAACGCUCUGAUAUUAUUUUAGAAAAUGGCUCAGAUAAAAAUAAAUAAAUAAUGUAAAGGUGUUGAUCUUAUUCCAGCCACCAGGUUGUGCUGUACAUUACAUGUGUUGCGUUUUAGAGGCCCAAUUGUUUUGCAUUGCCAUGUAUAGCAUUUGAGUGGAUUUAGAGGCUGCGUAAUCUGUGUUUCCCUUCUGCUGUGUCUGUUGUGUAGGUUUCUGAACCCUCUUGGCAUGUUUCUGGGUGGUGCUGUGGUCUCUCUGGUCUUCAUGGGCUCGGUGUGGGCGGGAGAGAACAAGAAUUUCAUCAAGAACUUCAAGAAGAAGAACCCCACUCUGUUUGUCAUCGCUGUCAUGGGAACAAGCUACUUCCUGCUGUCUCUGUGUGGUGGAGUGAUGGUCUUCAUUUUUGGAAUUACUUUCCCCUUGCUGUGUGAGUCUCAGAAAAUUCCACACUCAUAGGGUCAGUUUCUUGGACACAGAUUAAGAUCUUAGUCCAGGACUAGGCUUUAUCUGUGUCCGGGAAUCCAGCCCUUAGGGUCUGAUUCCUGUUAGUCACACAAUGCACAAGUAUGCACACAGUAACUAGCAUGUAGAUUUAUCCUAGCUUCCAGGCCUUUUUCCAGUGGCAACUCCAUUGGAAUAUGGUGCAAACUAGCUACAUAUUGUAUACGCCAGAUAAAGUGAUAUAACCAAAGAUUUUUGGUGUGCAUUACUGGCUGUUACAGGAAAGCCCCAUACAAACUGCCACCAUAGAUUUUUCAACUAACCUGUUCUUGGCAAGUACUUUCUUCGUUUUCGAUUCGGUGUAAGAAGUAUCAUAGAAAUAUCCGUUUCCAGUUGCAAGUGGUUCUACAAAAACCAGUGGAAACUCUCCAAAAAUAUUAAAUCCAUGUUUUGUUCCUCACCAUCUUAGCUGCCGCACAUCUAGCACUUCCUAGCAUCUUUGCAGGAACUAUUUGUUUCUAUGCAACACGGCCACGAUCUACACACAUGCAAGAGGCAUAUCUCAAUCGAUACAAAACAUGGAUUUAAUAUACACUGGACAAAAAUAUGAAUGCAACAAGCAUACUCACCAGAUAUGUCACCCAUUGAGCAUGUUUGGGAUGCUCUGGAUCAACUUGUACGACAGCGUGUUCCAGUUCCCACCAAUAUCCAGCAACUUCGCACAGCCAUUGAAGAGGAGUGGGACAACAUUCCACAGUCCACAAUCAACAGCCUGAAUAACUCUAUGCGAAGGAGAUGUCACGCUGCAUGAAGAAAAUGGUGGUCACACCAGAUCCACGGCCCUACUUUUUUUUUUUUAAGGUGUUUGUGACCAACAGAUGCAUAUCUGUAUUCCCAGUCGUGAAAUCCAUAGAUGAGGACCUUAUUAAUUUAUUUCAAUUGAAUAAUUUCCUUAUAUGAACUGUAAUUCACUAAAAUCUUUGAAAUUGUUGCAUUUAUAUUUUUGUUCAGUAUAGAUAAAUACGCAAAAAACAUUUCCAUAGCGGGCCUUGUUCUAAAAAUGUAUAUAUUUUUUUAUUUGAUUACUCCCAAAGAAAUCAUGCGAGUACUCGACUAGCCAAAACAUUAAAUGCCCAUCCCUACUAUAAACAGACAUGUCUAAGAUACUUUUUUCACAGAAUCGACAGCGAAGAAAGUAUCGCCAAGAAACUACCUCUACUUUCAUAUCACAUCAAAAUAAUUUCACAAAUGCAAAAUACACAUUUACUGUACACUGUUUUAACCGGUUUUAACACAGUUGCAGCCAACAGUAUUUGAUUUGUUAUUUUUCAAGUUUGUGGCGUCCGUCUUCCGUUUACACACAGGUGUUUGGAGAUGCAGAUAGCUAAUUAGCACAGGUGGUCAACUCCGUCUUCCGUCAGUUUUCCGUAAACAAGCGCUGUAACAUGGAAAUAUGACCAUGUGAGAACCCUAACCCAAUAAAGGUGUGUAGUAAUUUAACCUUUUUUUGUUUUAUUUUUUUCUAACUGAUAUAAAAGAUACGUUCCUUAUGUUUCCAAAACCGUGCCGCAAGCGAUGCAUGUUGAAGUUUAGAGCAAGAGUUGGGGCUCUUAACAUAAGCCCCCCGGUCAGAAGAUACUAUCGUCAAUAGACGCUAAAGCAGUUAGCGUCUAUGAAUGGGGUAAGUGCAAACAUGGGGGAUGAGUCCCAGAAGACGGAGCAAACCGGUUUUAUCAACCACUCUCACUGAUUUUAUGGGUUCAAUAUGGAUAAUGCAUGUGGUUCUGCACCUUGAGAAAACGUUUUUUUCCCCCACAGUUCAACUUUCAUAAACGUGCCACUGUUUUGAAAAGAAAUAGCCUAGACCAGUGUUUCCCAACUCCAUUCCUCGAGGACCCCAAACAGUACACAUUUGAAUUGUAGACCUGGACAAGCACACCUUAUUCAACUUGUCAACUAAUCAUCAAGCCCACGUUAAGUUGAAUCAAGCAAGUUUGUCCAGAGCUACAACAAAAAUGUGUGCUGUUGGGAGUACUCGAGGACUGGAGUUGGGAAACACUGGCCUAGACGAACUGCUACAUUCUGAAAUACACAGUACAGAAUACAAUGUUUAGGGUAAUUGGUGGUUCUGAGAAAAGGAGUGCAGGCAACAACUGUAACAUUGUGGUGGAAAAACAGCAGGCAGUCAGUCAGUGAGACAGAGCCCUUACCAAGAGGGCUGUCCUGUGGCUGCCGACGUGUGUUGACUGGUUGCUAUGUACUGUCUGUACUAUAGACUCCACUACAUUUACUGGCUUACGUCAUGCAGUCAGCAUCUCUGACGAGGGAAGUAAAGAUGCCUCUCCUUAACCCGCUAGCCAAUUGUAUUUCAUAAUAACAUAUUAUACCUGGAAAAUAAUUAUCCUUCUCAGUUUAAGCCGCAUAAGAGUAAGGCACACGUGUGCACUUUUACAACAUGUUUCCAUCUGACAGAAUGGGAACAUGCUACCAUGGGAAUCUCCAUUGAGGAUAGCACAUCCUGAAUGGAUAGGAAACUAAUCCAGCCUUUCUUCCCUGUAGUGAUCCUGGUCCAUGCGUCUCUGAGGCUGCGCAACAUGAAGAACAGACUGGAGAAUAAGAUGGAGGGAGUGGGCAUGAAAAAGUCCCCAAUGGGCAUCAUCCUGGAUCUGCUAGACCAACAGGAGGAGAAGAUCAACAAGAUCCAGGACUUCCUGGAGUCAAAGCUAAACAAGGAAUGA